UUUUAGGACAGUCAUGAAAGACAGCUUCACGGAAGGCAGUUUUGUGAAUCCUUGUGAAUCCUUGCAAAAUGGAUAAUGAAAGAUGGAGCACUUCUAGAUCAAUCAAGUGGGACGAAAACGACAUCCUAGGCCGUGGAUGUGAAGGCACAGUUGUUUUUUCAGGACAUUUCGACGGAAAAGAGGUGGCUGUUAAACGUCUAUUAUUGACAAAUCUUCAACUGGUUGAACGGGAACUUGAAGCCCUACUCCACUUUAGCCACCCGCGCAUUCUACAGCUUUACCAUGUUGAAAAAGAAUCACCAUUUUUGAGACUAGCUCUAGAACUUUGCGUUGCUACACUAGAUGACUACUGUAAGGAAAAAUAUACAGGCCCCAUGCCUGAAGAAAUGGAUGCAUUAAAGCAGAUGUUGGAAGGUUUAGCCUUCAUUCAUUCACGCAAAUACGUCCAUCGUGACGUCAAGCCCAACAAUAUACUGAUCUCACAGUCGGGUGAACUUAAGAUAGCUGACUUUGGAUUUUGUAAACCGGUGAGGGGUAUAGACUCUUUCUCUAUGUCCAAUGCCGGUGUAGGCACUGGUGGCUGGAUGGCCCCCGAAUUACUGAAAAGCAUAGCAGAUCAAGAGAGUGGAGGUAGUCCCGCUUCUUAUGCCACCACUGCCGUCGAUGUUUUUCCUCUAGGCUGUGUUUUCUACUACUUUAUAACGAAAGGCGUGCACCCCUUUGGAAAUACGACCUUACGCAAUGGAAAUAUUCUUAUGGGGAAACACAAUCUAUCAAAGCUUGGAAAAAGACAUAUUUUGCGAGCGUUAAUUAAAGAAAUGAUUAGUCCUAAUCCAGAGCAGCGUCCUAAGCUAGACGAAGUUCUUACAAGACCUAUGUUCAACACAACCGAAUCGGAAGAAUUAUUAAAAAAUGACACAAAAUUUGCCCUUUGGCUCAAAAAUAUUAAGAGCCAGUUUGCAUCCACCAAAAAAAGGAGAAAGCAACCCUUCGAGUCUGAUAUGACAAAUGACGAAUGCGAUUCUAUCGUGCGUGCUGUUCCAUUUCAAGCGACCAACGCAAGAAUUCCAGUAUUCCAGGGUAUAACCAAUUUGCAAGUUGUCAAUGAGGAGUCUAGCCCAGCACCGCUCGAAGGAUUAAAAAUGUCCACCCGGCGUCGUGCCCAAACCGAUUCGAAUUCCGUCACGCAUAGAUUACAGGUUUCAAGCGCUCCCGCCAACUGGCAAAGAACAGUACCACGUAGCCGAAGAAACUGGAGCGAGUGGAGCGAAUUUCUUUCUAGCGGUGAAAAUGUGUCCGAACCCUCGUGUAACACACGGCUUCGCUCAGUGGCCUCAUUGUCAAAUCUGGAUCCAGGGAUAGCUAGUUCUGCAGAUAGUUUGUCGAACCUAAGCAUUACUUCGUCGACUCCUUCAAAGACAAGCAGUUUGUUGUCUUUAAGUCGCUCAAUCAUUGGUGACAUAUUCAACAAAUCCACGUGAAUCAAUUAUUUUUAUUUCAAUAUUAAAUUUGUAUUGUAUUUAUUAAAUAGUAAUCGAUUUCUUCUCGACUUAAGAGUAUCGAUUUCUCGCUGAACAAGUGUAAGCCUAAAAGCUGUGCUACAUCUUUCGCUCAAAAAUACUCUUCCGCCAAUAAAUUUUUCAGUAAUAGUGAUCACAGGUUUGAUAAUGAAUUUCGCAAUCGAUAAAAUAGAACUUAGUCUUCAUCAACUUGAGGUAUUUUCGUUUUCUAGUAUACUCUCCGUAGUGUACAGUUUGGAUUUUUUUUUUUGUGUUGCGUAUUCGGUGUAUGGUAUACAUUGAUCCACAUUUUUUAUUUUUUUAAAUUACUGUAUCUUGUCCCUAAUUGUCAUUCCAUUAUAUGCAUUGAUGAUUUCACAAAAAAAAACUGUUUCUGAUCGCUCCUGUUUUAGUCUAAAGCCUAGAAAAGCGUAUGGUUCGAGUGGUUCCAAAAUCAAAAGCGACAUCAGGCUCAAAUUCUUUUUUCACGUUCAUAUGUGUCUAAUACAAAACUUUCUUUUUCU